AUGGCCCUGCUCAAGCUCUCUCUCAUGGCCUUCAGCUUCGUGUUCUGGGCGGCGGGGCUGACCAUGCUCACCCUGGGCAUCUGGGCCAAGGUCUCGCUGGGCAGCUACCUGGUGCUGUCCGCCAACCAGUACCCCAACACCCCCUUCAUCCUGCUGGCCACGGGCGCCACCGUCCUGCUCUGGGGCUUCCUGGGCUGCUUCAGCGCCGCCACCGAGCACCGCUGCCUGCUGCGCACCUACGCCGCCUUCCAGCUGGCGGUGCUGGCGGCCGGGCUGGCGGCGGGGCUUUUGGCCUUGUUCUACCGCAGGGACAUCGCCGAGGGCUUCCGGGCCGGGCUGCGGGAGGCGGUGCGCGCCUACGGCGAGGACGAGCAGAAGGCGGACGCCCUGGACUCCCUGCAGCGCGCCUUGGACUGCUGCGGGGCCGAGAGCUACCGCGACUGGCUCGCCUCGCCCUGGUCCCUGGCGCAGCCAGGGCGCAACGGCUCGGUGCCGGGCAGCUGCUGCCGGGCGCGCCGGGGCUGCCAACACAGCCCGCUGCCGCCCGCAGCCCGCGGCAUCCACCGCGACGGCUGCUUCGCCAAGGUCUCCGGCUUCGUCAGCGACAACCUCUUCUACAUCGCCACCGCCGCGCUGGGGCUGGCGCUGCUGCAGGGCGUCGGCAUCGUGCUGGCCUGCCUGCUGGCCGCCCGCCUGCGCCCCGCGCCGCGCUGA